UGCGGAAGUGGAUGGGAUGCGCAGAGCUGCCUGAAUGGAUCCGUGAGGAAUGAGAGUUCACAAGCCGCGGUUUGAUCAUCAACAGCCCGGAUUCAUUUUGAGCCUUGUCUUCCACCCUACUGUGUGGCUGCUGUCCCUCCCUAAUGCCUGUUUCUCCAGGCUAUGCACAUCUUAACGAAAAUGAGCCUAUGAACUCUCUGCGCAUCUCUGUUGGAGGGCUCCCGAUGCUGGCUUCCAUGACCAACACCACCGACUCCCGCUUCCGCAUCAAAUGGAAAGCCAUCGUGGUGAUAGCGUCAGCACUAACCCUCGUCCUCCUCAUCUACAUGCAGCUUUUGCCCUUUCACCCCCAAACCAGAAGCAAAUUUGGUUUGAGGUUAAACCAUCAGGAGGUGAGAACGGAGGGCCAUUACAAUGACACAUACCCCCUCAGUCCACCAGAGCGCACGGCACAGGGCACACACUACCGUAUAGGGGUCAUCGCUGACCUGGACACGAACUCACUCAGUGACAUGAAGCUGACCUGGUUUAGCUACAUGCUGAAGGGUCACCUCCUGGUGUCGGAGAGUGGAGAUACAGUAGCGGUCGAAUGGGAUCAGGACAGGGUGGUCUUGGAAAGUCACCUGGCAGAGAAGGGUCGUGGCAUGGAGCUCUCCGAAUUAGUGGUGUUUAAUGGCAAGCUGUACAGCGUUGAUGAUCGUACGGGUGUUGUAUAUAACAUAGAUGGACUCAAGGCAGUGCCCUGGGUCAUACUGCCAGAUGGGGAUGGCUCGGUUUCAAAAGGGUUUAAGGCUGAGUGGCUUGCAGUGAAUGAAACCAAGAUUGGGGACGUGAAAUGA